AUGCCCGCGAACGGCGGCCUGCCGGUCACCGAGACGGAGAUUGAGCGAGACACCGGCACCGGCCACUUCACGGCGCUGGCCAGCAUGCCGACGCCGAACACCACCUAUGAGGACACUGACGUGGUGUCGGGCGGCACUUAUCAGUAUCGCAUCAGGGUCCUCAACGAGCAGGCCGCGAGCGAGUACAGCUACGUCUCCACCUUCGUGGCGGCGGGAGUGCCGGCACAGCCAGACGCAGUGACGCUCGUGGACCGGACGAGGUCGAACAUCACAGUGAGCUGGACUGCUCCAGACGACAACGGGGCUGAUAUCUACCAGUUCGUCCUGCGCAUGGAUGAUGGGCUGGGUUCUCCCCUGAGCGAGGUGUACAGGGGCGCGUCAUUGGACUUCAGCGCUGCCGGGCUUGUCCAGUACCGCUAUUAUUCUUUCACGGUGGCCGCCAUCAACGCCGCCGGCGAAGGGCCCGAGUCUGAGCGCGUCUUCUUCGUCACAGCGUCUCUGCCGUCUACGGUGGGACAGCCGAUACUGCUGGAGUCGGUGUGUUCGACUGGGUACGUCAAGUUCAAGUGGACGCGACCAGAGGAUGACGGUGGGUGCGACUUGCUUCAGUAUCGAGUGCUCAGGGACGGCCAGCUCAUGGCUGGCACCGAGCAGCCCUCGACUAUCCUUGAGUAUUUUCAGGAUGGCCUGGAUUGUGGCACACAGUACCAGUGGGGAGUUGAGGUGAAGAAUUGCCUGGACGAGUGGUCCAGCACCUCCCCGCUGCUGACCACGUACACGGCUUCCCUGCCCGAGCAGGUCCAGGGUCUGAAUGCAACCCACGUUUCUGCUACCGAGCUCUUGUUCUCGUGGCUACCGCUCACUGGCACUGAGAUCGCUGGCCUUGAUGACGAUUCGCUCCUCACAGGGUAUGAUCUCUACGUGGAUGACGGCAUUGGAGGCCGAUUCACGAAGGUGUACGACGGCUACAACAGGCCCUACGAAACUUCCUUCUUGGCCACGGGGCUCGUACCUGGUCGCACCUAUCGGGCCUACGUGCGGGCGACGAACGUGGUUGGGGUGAGCCCUGAUUCCGACGUGAUAUACAAGACGAUGUCCGUUGAGCCGUCGUCACCGAACGAGCUCGUGGUCGUGCCAGCCUCAGAGACGAGCGUCACGGCUUCGUGGCUCCCCCCAGACGAGAAUGGUGGCGAGCCAAUCCAGUACUACGUUGUCGAGUACGCGCCCGAGCCGCUCUUCGACAUCUGGGUGGAGGACGGACCCUACCCCGACAACACGCAGUUCUCCACGACCAUCGCUGGGCUGCUGAAGGGCGUGGUGUACCAGUUCCGACUCCGAGCCGUGAACGGUGCUGGCUUCGGCACCUACUCCAACGUCGUGUCCCACAUCGUGGGCACGGUGCCCACAUCGGCUCCCGAGGACCUGGGCCAGGCGGCCACCACCUCGAAUUCGAUGACGUGGACGUGGUCGCCCCUGGAUGGGCUGUACACUGGAGGCGCGCCGCUGAUCGGCUACCGGCUGUACAUGAACACCGGCCGGAGCGACGAGACCAGCCUGGUGUACGACGGCGCCGACCACCCAUCCAUCACGGAGUUCACCGCGACCUCGCUCGUUUGCGGCCGCACGUACACCGCCGAGGUCUCCGCCCUCACGCGCAUCGGCGAGGGCCCGCGGAGCUCUGCGGCCUCCGCGGUGCUGGCGACCGUGCCCAGCCAGCCGAGGUCAGCGCGUCUGCUGGCCAGCAGCACCGCCUCCAUCACCAUCGUGUGGGACGUGCCCGAGAACACCGGCUGCGCCUUGGUGGAGUCCUACCUCAUCGAGCGCGACUCGGGCGACGGCUUCGAGGAGCUGGACGUGCUGACGGCCACGGCGCAGGCGUUCACAGACGACACGGGGCUUGAUGCGGGGUCCCUCUACAUCUACCGCGUGUCGGCGAAGAACGUAGUUCUGCCCGACUACGGCCCGCCGAGCACCUACAUCACAGCCUUCGCGGCUAGGUUGCCCGAGAUGGCAACCAGCCUCGGCUUCGUGGCCUCCACGCAGACGUCGAUCACGCUGCAGUGGGACGCGCCUACCGAGCUCGGCGGAGCCUCGCGCGCAGACUACCGGGUUCAGAAGGACCUCGACGACGGCCUCGGGGGCGCCUUCGCGGACGCUGCUGUGGUCAGCGAGACCUUCGCCACGCUCGAGAACCUGUUCCCUGGCAGGUCCUACCGCUUCCGCGUGGCCGUCGAGACCGUCGUCGGCACCGGGCCGUACGGGCCAGUGUUCACGCAGGUGGUCGCGGCCUUGCCGGGGCCCCCCCCGGUGCCCACGGCGGAGACAGUGAGUGGCUACGCGGACCGCGUGAACGUCUCGUGGGCGGAACCCUCGGACAAUGGGGGCUCCGUGAUCCUCGGGUACAAGGUGGUCUUCGAUGGCACCUGCGCCCGCUACGACGGCACGAGCAUAGCGUCGGUCACGUCCGUGCAGCUGAUGUGCAACACCGGGGACAGGCACCUGAUCACCGUGCAGGCCCGCAACAUCAUCGGCUGGGGGCCUGCCAGCCCAGUUGCCUCCCGCGUCUGCGGAGCGGAGCCUGGCUCGCCGUUGGGCCUGGGCCUCCUGACAGCAGUGCCGCCCAGGCCCAUCGACAUGGUCGACGUCCGCACGCCGACGUCCAUGACGCUCACGUGGAGCCCUCCCUCGGACACGGGCGGCGUGUCGAUCGUGUCGUAUCUGCUCUACCGCGACGCCGGCGAUUCGUCUGGCAUAUACACGUUGGCCUACUCCGGCGCGUCCACCAAUGUGACAAUUUAUUCGUUGACCAAUGGCAGAACAUACAGGUUCUACGUCGCCGCCGUGAACGAGGUGGGAGUCGGGAGUCAGAGCUCCGUUUUGGCUGCAGAUAUGAAGUGCGCUCCGCGCAGCUUGGUGUCGGCGCCUUACAGGCUCAGCAGUACACCUUGGUCUGUCUCGCUUGCGUGGCCUGAGACUGCAGACGACUGCGGUGGAACCGUGUCGGGGUACCAGCUUUACCGCAACGGUGUGCUUGUGUUCCCUAUCUCCAACAGUUUCGUCAGUGAGCCAACGAUGGCGGGGCCCCUGACCACCGCCGCCGUCACGUUCGAAAUGGCGGUGCAGACGGAUGGGAUUGCUUGGAUAGUUGUCGUAGAGGACGACGGUUUCGCUGGGACGCCGCCUCUGACGAGCUCCGCCCAGAAGGUGAAGGCGGCCGAGGGUGCAGUAGGCCGUGAGACUUGUCGUGUCAGUGCCGCGGCUGUCACCGGGGGUGAGCUGGAGUCGCUGAUGCUCUAUGGCUGCGACUUUAUUGCCGGGCAGUCGUACGCAGCGUUCGUCUACGUCGAGGGAGCAGACGCGGUAGAUGACGAUGGUUAUUUGUUCGGCCCUAUGGAGUUCGUGGCGCCAGCGCCGUCCAAUGCCUUCGCCACAGCCCCGCGGGUCCAUGACGGCGUGAACAAGGAUAAUCUGACUGUAAGUUUCCGGGCAACCGCAUCUUCGGGCAAGGCUUAUCUGAUGGUUGUUGCCGAUUCCGUCAAGGAUCUGAUAGCGAUCAGCCACAUCAGAGAGUUCACAAACGCUGUGGGCAAUGGCCCUUGCCGCUGGUCUGGUUUCGUGAACACUUUAGACACAGUGGUGGAGCUGACGGAAUGCAUCUUGUAUGGUGGCACAACCUACGCGGCCUUCGUCUACGUGGAGGGCGGCGAGGACCUUGAGGACGGGUCGCUCUCCGAGCCCCUGGAGGUGUACGUGCCGUACUCCAACCGGUUCUCGUACGGCCCAGUGGUGUUGGGCACUCCGAGCGAGUCCGACGUCAGCCUGCGCUUCGAGGCGACCGAUGCGUCCGGCCUGCUGUGGGCCAUGGUCGUGGUUGAGUCCGAUGCCUUCACGGUCAACGUCUCCAGCAUCAAGGCGGGCACUGAUUCGCUGUGCGCCGUGGCCAGCCAGUCGCUCGUGUCCGGCGUGCAGACUCUCACCCUCAGCUCCUGCGGCCUCAGCGCAGAGACCCGGUACAAGGCGUUCCUGUAUGUGGAGGACGCAGGCCAGGAGAACGACGGCGAGCUGUCAGAUGCUAUCGACGUCCUUGUCCCAGUGGACUCCACCACCAACACUUUCUCAGUGUACCCUCAGCUGGUUGGGAGCACCACCACUGACGGAGUGACCCUGAGUUUCACUGCGACGCAGUCCGAGGGCAGGCUGUGGGCCACCAUUGUGGAGGCCGAGGAGGGCUCCUGCAUGACGGUGCAGGGCGUGAAAUUCUUGGAGGGUUCGAUGUGCAACCUUUGGGGAGAGAAUGUCUCCAGCGACGAGACGAACGUGACGCUGUCGGGCUGCGUGCUCAGAGGCGGAGUCGCCUACAGCGCCUUGGUCUACGUGGAGGGCAUCUAUAAUGGUGACGACGGCACCCUGUCGCCACCGGUGAGUUUCGUUGCCCCGCUGACCAACUCUUUCGAUGUCAGCCUGGGCGUCGUGGCAGACACGGUGUCGUCGGCUGGGGUCGAGCUGAACUUCACGGCCUCCGCCGGCUCUGGGCGCGCCUGGGCCAUGAUCGUUUCGCCGACCAACGCAAUGUGGGUAACCGCCGCAGCGCUGAAGGCUGGAACCUACUCGGUGGGCGGCAGCACGUGCAGGCUUGUGGCCGCGCCCAUCAACGACACAGCCGAAACCGUUUCGCUCACUGGCUGCUCGAUGUACCGGGGCGUGACGUACAAGGCCUUUGUAUACGUGGACGGCGCCAGCACUAUCUACAAUGACGGGAUGCUGUCCGCCCCGAUCGACGUCCCCGUGGCUCCGACCUCGCUCGGCUUCCAGGUGGACCCUCAGCUGACGAGAACCCCGACCACGGACACCGUCGAGCUCCUCUUCGUGGCAAAGGCAACCGACCUGAGCCCGAGCGCGGAGGUGAACGGGACCUUCUGGGUGCAGGUCGUGCCGACCACUGAGAUGGCGUACGCCACGCCAGAGUCUAUGAAGUCUGGGGCGGGCGCCAUGGGCGGCAGCGGGUGCCGCCUCGCCGACCAGAACGUCACGACCCUCCAAACCGUGUCGGUCACGCUCAGCGGGUGCCUGCUGAAGUACUCCACCAGCUACCAGGCCGCCGUCUACGUCGAGGACGAGCUGGGCAAGAACGACGGUGCGCUGUAUUUCCUGGAGGUUGAGAUGCCGCCCGGCGUCUCCAAUGCCUUCCUCGAGCUCCCAGCGGCGGAGAAUGCGACCACGGACAACGUGAGUGUGGUGUUCACAGCGACUCAGGCGUACGGCAAGGCUUGGAUUUCCGUCGCGGACAGUAGCUUGGCAAGUUUGAUAAGCUCGCCGUCUGCGAUCAUGAGCGGACUGUACUCGGUGGGCGGCUCUUCGUGCCGCGCUGAGGCUGUCAACAUUGAUAGCCCCUUGGCGCAGACCAUCGACCUAGGCUGUUCGCUGGAGCACUCGAAAACGUAUGCUGCCCUUGUCCUCGUGUCCGACAUGGGUGGGCACGGCGACGGCGAUUUUUCAACAGCGUUCUUCACAACUCCUCCCUCGAACGAGUUCAAGAGCGGCCCCACACUGUCGGGCACGCCGAGCACAGAUGCUGUGACCGUGACGUUUGAGGCCACGGAACCCUUGGGCUACGUGUGGGCUGCGGUGGUGCUGUCCUCGAACGAGGACAGCGUGACCCUCUCGACGAUCAAGUACAUCCAGAUGUACGCGAUGGGCGACAGUUCCUGCCGCGUCGCCGGGCUCCCGAUCAGCACAUCGCAAGAGACCCUGGCGCUCACUGGAUGCUACCUCACGAACAGCGAGGCCUACAAGCUCUUCGUCUACGUCGAGGACGCGGCGGGCCAGGGCGACGGCACCCUCGUAGGCCUCGACGUCGCGGUCCCCGGCUCCAGCGUCUUCACCACCGAGCCCUCCGUGUACGGGGACGCCACGAGCGCGUCGGUAGCGCUGAGCUUCGCCGCGAGCCAGCCUGGCGUGGGCGCGGCCUGGGCGGCCGUGGGCGACACGGCGGGUAUCGCGGCGAUGGACGCGUACGACAUCAAGAUCGGGCAGGGUGCCAUCUGCAUGGUGGCCGACCAGCCGAUCGGCACAGGCACCGAGUUCCUGACCAUCACGGGCUGCGGCCUCGAGCUGGGCGCCAGCUACAGCGCGCGGGUGUACGUGGAGUACAGCGGUCUUCCCGGCACUCUCUCCGAGCCCUUCGACGUGGAGCCGUACACAUCGAACGGCUUCAGCGAGGCACCAACGGUGUCCAGUGGGCCGACUCAGUCCGACGUGGAGUUGACGUUCUCAACUCUCGUGGCUGGCGAGGCCUGGGGCGUCAUUGUAGAUGAGGCGAACGCGCCAAACGUGACUGGGUACAACAUCAAGCUAGCAUCGUCUGGACUGAUUGCUGGUACUUUCUGCUACGCCAACAUGUCGGUGUCCUCAACAGCGCUGCAGACGAUGCCCUUCACCGGCUGCGAUUUCGUGAUGAACGCAGCUCACAAAGCGUUCAUCUACGUCGAGGACGCAGCGGGCGCUAUCGAGGGGACGCUAUCUUCCUUCGUGAACGUCAUCCUGCAGGCGUCCAACUCCUUCUCGGUGGACCCGUACGAGAACAUGACGGCCACGUUGGACGGCCCAUUCAUUGAUUACGCUGUCGCCGGCAGCGGCAAGGUGUGGGUGAGUGUCGUGGCCCACACGGGCGAUGUCACUGCCGCAGAGGUGAAGGCAGGCACCCUCGCCAUCGGGGGCACAUGCGGCAGCGCAGGCCUGGAUGCCACCGCGUCCCCGCCGUCACUCACAGGCUGUGGCUUUGUGGCCGGGCAGACGUACACGGCCCACUUCUACGUCGAGGACGACGGCGCGAGGGAUGAUGGCACGCUCUACAGCGUUCCCAUUAAAGUUCCGCUCUCAACUGCAUCCAACUUGUUCGCGGCGAGCCCCAGGCUUGACUCGGCCCUUUCUGGGAACGGCUUCAACCUGACUUUCCAGCCCACCGUGAUGGGCGUGGCAUACGCGCUGGUCGUGAGCGAGGGGACGCCGGUGUCUGCGAGCACAGUGAUGAGCGGCAUCGGCGCCCUGGGAGACGCCGCCUGUGGCCAGCCAGGUACUGUUCUCUCCGUGACCAACGAGACAACAAACGUGUUGACUUUUAGCGACUGUGGAUUCGCCGGCGGGGUUACUUACCUCGCCUAUGUGUACGUGGCCACGGAGUCGAAUAGCUCCGAUGGUGUGCUGUCCAACGCAGUGCCACUGGCUGUGCCAGUGUCUAACGACUUUACCCCAGAGGGCCCGAAAGUGGAGGCAAUCGACGGCAGCAAGGUCGGCGUCCUUUUCACCGCCACGGUUGCAGGCAGAGCCUGGCUCGCUGUGUGGCCGAGCUCCGUGGCACUCACUCUGGCAAUGGGUAGCGAUACCACUGGCUCGGAGUGUAAUGUCACAGCCGCAGCCAUCACAGCUGGGGAGUCCAACUUCACGGUCUCUGGCUGCCGACUUCUGGGAGGUGCCACAUACUCGAUCGCCGUCUACGUGGAUGACGGCUUGGGCAAUGGCGAUGGAAACCUGACCGUGGUCAGCAAUGUCCUCGUGCCGGUGACCAAUGCGAUUUCGAUGCAGCCGGAAUUGUCUGCAUCUGUGCUAUCGUCGGAGAUACGUGUGACACUAUCGACGCUCACCGAAGGCACAGGCUGGGCCAAGGUGGUGAAGGGCUCGGCCCCUCCGUUCACGGACGUCGUGAGCCUAUUGGAUGCUGGAGACAACGUGGCCUGCGACACAGGCACGUUGGCGCUGUCCAACGGCUCGCAAUUGCUGUCGAUUUCUGGGUGCGCGCUCUCGCACGACACUGACUACACCGUCUACGCCUACGUCGCAGGGCCUGCGGGAUACACAGAUGGCACCCUGUCCAGCGGACUGCUGGCUGUUGUGGUCCCGGGCCGGUCCAACAUGUUCACGGUGGUGCCUGAGAUCACUGGCCCUGUCACUGCGGACAAUGUGACCCUGACGUUCAGUGCCGCUCUGGUCGGCAGAGUGUGGGCAAUGGCAGUGCCCUCCUCCCAGGUGCAGGGGGUCGGGGUUGCGGAGAUCUUGGCGGGCAGUGCCGCCGCGUGCUCCGUCCAGGAGGACGCGGCCGCUGGUGGGGAGAACACGGUCGUCCUCGCGGGGUGCGGCUUCCGGGCGGACCUUUCGUACGCUGCACUCGUGUACCUGACGAACGACGGAGCGGGCAGCGACGGGGUGCUGUCGGCGCCCCUGCCGCUGAUCGUGCAGACGUCGAACUCUUUCGAGCAGGCCCCCGCCCUCGCCGCUGCGCCGACCAGAGCCGCGGUGGCCGCCAGGCUCGUGGCGGCGCUGGACGGCCAGGCCUGGCUCGCGGUCCUGAACGCCAGCGACGUGGCGUCGGUGGCCGGCGUCAAGACCGGCGCUGGCGCCGCCUGCCAGGACGGACCGGUCAGCGUCGCCGCGGGCGACAUCGUGUCGGUAACCGUUGCCUGCAACCUCGACACCCUGGAACCGUACAGCCUUUACGUGUACGUUGAAGGCCCAGACGGCGCGCUCGGCAGCGACGACGGUCAAUUGUCCAGCCCCGUGGACGUGCUGGUGCCGCCGUCCAACGGCUUCCUUGCUCAGCCAGAGGUCUCGGCGAUCUCCGCGGAUGGCCUCACGCUGGCGUACUCGUCCGCGUCGGACGACGGGAAGGCGUGGGUUGUCGUCAUGAACGCUUCGGAUGCGGCUCUGGGCUCCGUGGACACGCUGCUCGAUCCGACUGGCGUCGGCGUCGGCGGGUCCUCGUGCAUGCUGGCGAACGAGAGCAUCGCACGUGGAGAGACGUCCUUGAAUCUCACGGGCUGUGCUUUCAGGCAGGGGAGCGACUACGUCCUCCUCGUGUACGUGGAGGACGCCGCUGGGGGCGAGGGCACCCUCUCCGCCCCCGUGCACUUCUCCGUGCCGGCAUCCAACUCCUUCGAGACCCUGCCGUACCUCACCAGCACGCCCACCCAGGAUGGCGUGUCAUUCUCCCUGGUCGCGUCCGCCGCAAUCGGGCGCCUUUGGGCCCAGCUGCUUACAGAGGCCGACGCCCAGGGAGCCACCGCGGCGUUCGUGAAGGGGGAGAGCGGCGCGCUGGGCCUGAUGACGUGCCGCGAAUCCGCUGUCACCAUCAGCACCAGCAUCCUGCAAUACGCCCUCACCCAGUGUAUCCUGCCGACAAACGAGACCUACGUGCUGGCAGUGUACAUUGAGGACAUCUACGGCAACGACGACGGAUCGCUGCACAAGCUUGACGUGCUCCUACCCGCCAGCGUCAGUAACUACUUCACGGAAUCCCCUGUUGUGCUCGGCGAUGCCUCCACAGACGGUGCCCAAGUCGCGUUCACGGCGUUUGCAAGCAUGGGCUACGCGUGGGCCGUAAUGCUCGGAUCCGCGUCGCCCGUGGGCAGCAUCACAGACAUAAAGCGGGCAACUGGAUCGUUGGGAGCCUCGGGGUGCAAGUUCGCCGAAGUCUACGUCGACAAUGCCCGCUUAUCGCUGGAAUUCUCAGGUUGCUCCCUGGCACACGGAAACACGUACGUAGUGGUUGUCUACGUCGAAGACCAUCUUGGCAAUGGGGACGGGGUGUACGACACCGUGAGUUUUUCCGUCCCAAACGACACCGUGGACUACGCUGAUCCAAUGCUCAGGAAUUAUACAGACUACGGCGUGACCGUGGGCCUCGACUACUACUACCACGUGCGAGCG